CCAAACCAAAACACACAACCUUUUCUUUCCAACAAUACACAAUUCCCGAUCACCGGAAAAACAAACCGGCGGCAAGAAAAUCCGAGAAAUGAGAAGAGGAGGUGGAGGAGGACAUUCUUCUGGGAAUUACAGGAACCCAUGUCUGACUAUGCACCAGCCAUGGGCGUCUCUGCUCGUUUAUGGCAUCAAACGCAUCGAGGGCAGGUCAUGGCCUGCUCCCAUUAGAGGACGUCUUUGGAUUCAUGCUGCUGGUAAGGUUCCAGAGGAAGCUACAAUCAAAGCAAUGGAGGCCUUCUACCGGGAAAUUUAUGCGGUGGAUGGAAUCACUGAUAUCAAGUUUCCCGAACACUAUCCAAUUUCAAGACUUUUAGGUUGUGUCGAAGUAGUUGGAUGUGUUAGACGCGAAGAGUUAGCUGGUUGGGAGAUGGUACCUCAAGGGGUGAGGCUAGAAGCACAAACCGAUAUGUGUUGGCUUUGUGAGCAGCCACAGAAACUGCUAAUUCCGUUUGAAAUGCGUGGCUACCAAGGUGUCUAUAACUUGGAAAAGAAGAUAUAUGAAGGUGCCAUUAGAGGUCUUACACCAGUUGAAGUUCCUCUCCCUGUCAAAUUUCCACUUCCAAAUCCACAAGAUCCAUUUUCCUUGAAGCCGGGGUCUAUAUCUGCAAAUGUCGAUCAGUCUAGAAUAUCUGAAGUGGAAAGAUCUUCGAGUCUCAAUGCAGCCAUAGCUGGUGCACAAGCAGCUGCGACACAGUUUUCCAAAAAAGCUCAACCUUUACCAACAACCUCCCUAAAUGAUACAGCCAAAUCUGUGACAGUUCCAAUCAAGAGCGAAUCUUUUGAAGUGAGUAAAGCAAUGCCCACUCAUUCCAGUGAGAGCUCAAAUGAGGGGUCUAGGACAUCAAAUGACAAAAAUCAAAUCAGAAGCCGUGAUCAACCUGCUUCUGGAUCUUUUAGACCUCAUCCUGGUGCACCUUCUAAGAAUGUUUAUGAAUGGAGGAGGCGAGGAGAUGCCCAGUUUUGACCCUAAGAGGUCCUAUAGAAGGCUAUCUAGCUUGAGCCUUUUUUCUUUGUAGCAGUACAGAUGAGUAUCCUUAAACUUCUACUUGUAUUUUGGUUUAUCUAUAGCCUAGUCUGCCUUGAUAGCAUAUUGUAAAUAUAACAGAAUUUCAG